CCGUGAUUAGGUGUAAUGGGGGUGGGGGCACCGGCGGCAUUUACCGGCCGGCUCUUCGGGAAACUGGAACUUCUGAAUCAGCUCCGUAACUGAGCAUUUAAGUGCCGCAUCUCGUUCGUUCGUGAAUAUUUUUUGUGCGGACCUGUCUUGUGUUCAGCGCAGUAACGAAUGUCUUAAGUCGGUAAGGAAAUGCACACAAGUGGCCGAGCUGGAUCUGCGCGGAGCUCUCACGCAUUCUGCGCCGCGGGUCGGUGGUGGAGAUUCGUGUUUUUAGACUGGUAACAGCGGAUAACGGUCGUGCUGGGCGCGGUACGGGAUUAAUAUGGAUCAAUGACACGCACCUCAUAGAUAAUGGAAUAUACAAAACUGUAUUUGCGCAUUUGAAACUGUUUGUAAGUAGGCUACAUGACCAGUUCACUGUUAUAGGUACCGUACUGGAUUCAUCCUUUCCAAGACGCUGUGGACAUAUUCAAAGAGAAAAGUGAUUCGUUUCUAUUAGUCUACGAGAAUUGAGAAUAUCACCUCUGGCACUCGGAUCAACGACGCAGUUAUGGAAAUUGGGUCUCUCAGAUGGCAUGAAACUGCAAGACGUGACUGCAGGACCUGAUGAUAUUCAACGCAACGCUUCAUCAUUUCAGUGAUCCAGCUGCGUGGGUUGAACACUGAUGCUCCGGAUCUCUGAUGCUGAUGCUGGUUCAUCGCCCUUGCGCUGUUGCUGCAUUCUAGGAUGUUGCGACAAGUGUUGCACGAAGGGCUUAGGACAUCAUUCCACAAACUGGGCCACUUUGUCGCCAAUCACCCGGUGUUUUUCGCCUCCGCGCCCGUGCUGAUCUCUAUCCUGCUGGGCGCGAGCUUCAGCAGAUACCGCAUAGAGGAAAACGUGGAGUACCUGUUAGCCCCCAAACACAGCCUGGCGAAGAUCGAGGGGAACUUGGUGGAUAGUUUGUUCCCCGUUAACCGGUCCAAACACACGCUGUACUCGGACUUGCAAACACCCGGGAGAUAUGGCCGGGUCAUCGUGACUUCGCGCAGGGGGAGCGUGUUGGACCCUCACCACGUCAACACAGUCCUAAAGCUACACAACACAAUCACUCAGAUCCAGGUUCCUAUGCUGGGAUUCAACUACACUUUUGCCCACCUCUGCCUGCUGGAUGAUAGCAAGAGCUGCAUUGUGGACGACAUCCUGCGGGUUUUGGAAGAGAUGAGAUCGGCACGUGCAUCCAACCAUUCAGUAGCCCCUCUGCGUUAUCCCAUCACCAAACUCAAAGAUGGGCGGGAGGCCUACAUUGGGCACCAACUGGGCGGAGUACUGGCAGGUGGAGGGAGAGACGGGGUGCGUUCUGCUCGAGCCCUUCAACUCACGUACUACCUGCAAGCGGCCAGCCCACUGAACGAAGUGGUGGCGGCCAGCUGGGAGCUGCUGUUCUGCAGGGAGCUGGAGAACUUUGGAGAGGCUCAUCCGGAGCUUAGUCUAAACCCCUUUACCUCCUCUUCUCUUCAGAGGGACUUCCAAAGGACCAGUCGUGUAUCAGAGCGGCCGCUGCUCUUUAGCCUGGCCGCGUGUCUCACACUGGCCAUGCUGUGCUGCUCAAUGCGAGACUGUGUGCGUACAAAGCCCUGGCUGGGCCUUCUGGCUCUGGUGACCGUCAGCCUUGCUACACUCACCUCUGCGGGCAUCUUCAACCUCACAGGAGGGAAAUACAAUUCAACAUACCUGGGCAUCCCUUUUGUCAUGUUAGGUCAUGGCUUGUUUGGCACAUUUGAGAUGCUGUCGUCUUGGCGACGGACACGCGAGGACCAGCAUGUGAAGGAGCGGGUUGCUGCUGUAUUCUCAGACUGUAUGCUGCCCUUCACAGCUAGCACAGCCUUGCACGUAGUAACCUUCGGCAUUGGGGCAAGUCCGUUCACAAACAUUGAGGCCGUGCGUCUCUUCUGUCAGAACGCCUGUAUCUCAGUUCUCUUCAACUACCUCUACAUCCUCACCUUCUAUGGCUCCAACCUGGUGUUUGCCGGCUACCUGGAAAACAACUACCGUCACAGUCUAUUCUGCAGGCGCGUACCGAAGCCUGAGUUGCUGCAGCAAAAGCCGGCAUGGUACCGCUUCCUCAUGUACACACAUUACAACGAGGAGGGCACAGAUGCAGGACCCCUGCGUGCUUACGAGAGUCACCUGCUGGUAGCCUUUAUGAAACGGUACUACUGUGACUGGAUCACCAACACCUAUGUCAAACCAUUUGUGGUUCUUUUCUACUUGGUCUAUGUUUCCUUCGCCCUCAUGGGCUACCUUCAGGUCAGUGAAGGCUCCGAUCUUAGUAAUGUGGUUGCCACAGAAACAAGCACUAUAGCAUACACCCGUGCCCAACAGCGGUAUUUUAGCAGUUAUAGCCCCGUGAUUGGCUUCUAUAUCUAUGAGUCCAUUGAGUACUGGAACACCAGCGUGCAAGAGGAUCUACUAGAGUACACCAAAGGUUUUGAACGCAUCUCCUGGUUCGAGAGUUACCUAAACUACCUUCACGGGCUGAACAUCACCACUAGCCUGUCACGCAGCAACUUCACAGACCACCUGCGGUCUGGCUUUCUAAGCCAACCCUGCUAUGUGCAUUUCUCAGACGAUAUCAUCUUUGCCAAACGUGCGGAUGGGGAAUUUGAUGUGGUGGCCUCGCGUAUGUUUCUCGUGGCCAAGACAACAGAAAACAAGCGAGAAGAGAUGUCAAUCUUACUGGACACACUGAGGAAGUUGUCGCUGACCUCCAGGGUGAAGUUCAUCAUCUUCAAUCCAUCCUUUGUGUAUUUGGACCGUUAUGCCUCAUCGGUUGGAGCACCGCUGAAGAACUCUUGCAUUGCUGCUCUCUUUCUGCUUUUCUUUUCCACCUUCUUGGCAGCUGACCCACUGGUGAAUGCCUGGUUGACUGUGACGGUUGCCUCUGUUGAGUUCGGGCUGGUGGGUUUCAUGACUCUGUGGCGGGUAGAGUUGGAUUGCGUCUCAGUGCUGUGUCUGAUCUACGGGGUGAACUAUGCUGUGGACUCCAGCGCUCCGCUAGUAUCUGCAUUUGCUCUAGGUCGGGAAUCCACUCGUACACGCUGGGUGAAACUGGCUCUGGAGCGACAUGGAGUUCCUGCCCUUCAGAGCUACUUGUGUUAUGGGGCAGCUCUACUCCCUCUUGCGGCCGUGCCCUCAAACCUUACCCGCACACUCUUCAGGUGCCUCUUUCUCACCGCCAUCAUCACCGCCUUCCACUGUUUGGCCAUUGUCCCCGUCCUGCUCACCUUCCUUCCUCCCUCUAAGAAAAAUCGACUUGAGAGAAAGGAUGCUGCAGAAAACAGUGAAGACAUUGAGUGCGUGGAGAUGGGGGACAGCACACGUGUGGUUGAUCAGAUUACCACUGUCUGACCAUACGCCCGAAAAAGAGAGGCAGGCUGGAGGAUGUACAAGAGAGAAAAAAACAAAACACCCCCAAGGGGGUGACAGAGGGAGACCUUAGAUAUGAGAGUCAGCCUUUGUGCAGCUGGGCUUCCAGUUCCUAUACUUAAUUAAGCCAGAGGUGGCUUUUAAGUACUUUAUGGGUGUACUUUAGCAUAAACAAGUAUGAACCCACAAGGCUUUUGUUUGAUGGUAAAAACAGUAGAUGAGUUUGAGGUUGAGCCCUUAGUGCUACAGUAUGUGUAUCGUUUUCAUGGUAAAAGCCCUAAGCAGGUUUGCUGCAGCUCAAUGAGAGCGAGGAAGGCCAGAUGAACCACACUGCUGCACAGUUGCAGAUAAUCACAGAGGGGGGCUCCUCUGGUCUGCAACAUUACAGCAGCAGUAGAGCAGAAACAGUAACAAGCUAUUGCUUUGACAAAGCAUAGAUAGAGACUUACACAAUAUUUCUGAUGCCCCAAGAACCAUAACAAGACUUUCAAGGACACUAAGCUAAAGACUAAGCAGCCAUAUUCAUAUCUGCUGAUAGCCAUGACUUUAAUGUGCCCCUCUUAGAGGUUUUGGUGAGAGCAUAUUUUUGGGAUAUAGUGGUACUAAAUCUGCAAAGCGUUUGAAAAUAUCAGAAGGUUCAUAAUAUUUUCACCGUCUGACCAUGGUGAAAGUCCCUACCCCCACCAUAACCAAUGUCUCAGAGGC